UACAGCAGUAACAACCACGGGGAACAACAAAACAAUGAUGAGUCAACACACCAACCACAUUUGCAUAACAACACAACACAUUGUACGGACCAAGCUAUUAUUGCGGAAGCGAACGCGCGAAUAUGUCACACAAGCCAUGAGGAACCCUGUGUCGAGUCCAUGACAGGCACUCUAGGACUUUUUGUGGCUCUGUCUAUACAUUCAGCAAUCGAAGGUCUUGCUAUUGGUGUACAAAAUUCGGCAGCAAAGGUGCUUUUUCUGCUCGGUGCCGUAGCCUGUCAUAAGUUUGUUAUGGGCUUUUGCCUAGGUUUGGAAUUUCGUUCCAAUUCGCAAACGAGCCUUCGCAAACAUUUCAUCGGCAUAUUGGUGUUUGCAUUGGGUGCUGUUUGCGGGAUUGCUGUUGGCAUGAUCAUAGUGGAUAUACCCUCUAAUUGGUCUAGUUCCGUAUUGUCCAUUGUACAGGGCCUCGCUGGAGGAACAUUACUCUAUGUAACCGUUUGCGAGGUCAUACCCAGGGAAAAGGCGCGUUGGCAUCAAAACGUAACGAGAAAGGCGGCAGGUUUCGGUCAAUUCUUGGCAGUCGUUAGUGGUUUUUCCAUAAUGGCUGUCAUUAAUUAUUAUCUAAAAGAUGACGACAGCUAAUCGAAGAAAUUUUCCAUAUUACAUAUAAGCGUGUUCAGGUGUUAAUCUCCAAUAUGCAUAUAUGUAUGUACAUAAACUCCUGACUAUAAGCAAUAAUAAUGUUCUUUUAUAAGUAUAUGUAUGUAUGUACGUUUAUUGUAGACAACAUAAAUAUGUAUUUACAUCAUAUUUUAAGCAUAUUGCUCAAAGAAAUCAUUGUGAAACAAUGGUAAUCUACUCAAUGUUAUUUAAGAAUAAAAUGUAUCAUUUCUAUAUACUAAAAUACUUAAGCUAUACUAGAAAAACCGUACAUGAACUACUGAUGAAAGUUGCAAUUGGUUACGGGCGAAAAUGUUCCGCAAAUAUUACUAUAACCGUAAGUUAGGCUCCAGUGUAAAAUUUUUAAACCCGCUACCGUAAUUUCAGUUACGUUGAAGGAAUUAUGUAAGUUGGUCUUCCGAAUGUGUACCGAAAUGUUCUAAAAAUCAUAUUAUAUUAAUUGCUUGCAGAUGACUGCAUGAAAGUAAUCUCAGACCGUACACUCAUCGGCCUACACAAUGUUUUAAGUGACUGCCCUAUUUUAAUAAAUAAUUUUUUUUUGUUUAUAUGUAUCUUGUAUUUUUAGUAUCUGUAUCUUGUCUAUAUUUCAAUCAGGCAUAUGCGCUAAUAUUGUAGUAUCUUUAGUUUAUAUGUAUAUCAAAUAAGUAAAACUCAAAUAUGUAUAAAUACACAAUAUUUCAACUCACAUAAUACAUACAUAUAUGCAUAAUAAAUCUGAAGCGUUUUGCAUCAAAAUUUUAAUGUAUGUAUGUGUUUUUUAGUUCAGGUAAUUUUCCAAAAAUUCCCAAGGUGUAUUUUCCGAGUAUUUGAUACACUGAAAACAUAAUACAAUCAAGCUUCUAUAACUUCAACUAUAUCGAUGGAUGUAAAUUUGUCAAUUCACAAGAACUUUUGCUUUGGACAAUCGUGUUUCUUGUUAGACUGCAUACUGCAAAUGUGUGUGAAUGAAUACGGCUGUUCAGGAUAUUGUGCAUAUGGUAUUGGAUUUGCAUUUGCAAAUUUUAUGCUGGCUACCAUGCCAACCGUUUCCAUUUAAUUGUUUUGAAUUUACAAAUGGCUGAGUGGAAGAUCGACCUAUCUCGGCAGCUAGUUCGAAAACGCCAGUCAGAAACCUUUUCAA